GAUCAACUCAAUUGAAGUCACGAGUGUGCUAUUGCUGAAAGUGACUCAAAUGCUGAUCGUAGUUCAAUGUAGGUUAAUAAUAUGGGUAAUAUUUUCCACGGCCAUACCUAGGUAUGCCUCUUCACAAUGGAUAGGGGGUUUUGAUAAUUCUUUAUAAGGAGCUUCGACUUCCUCCAUAUCUUCAUUCCAAGGGCAUCAUCGACAAGAUUUGAAUCAUCAUACCAACUCCAGAACCCCAAUCGCACAACAUUAUGGCUGGACAGAAAGAGCUUGUUCUGCCUUUGCAGAGCUUCCCGACCACUCAACCGGCUAUUUUGCUUACGGCCAGUUUCAACGAAAAAUAUGCUUGUGGUGAUAUAUACUCCGGAUCGAAUCUCGUAGUUGUGCCCCUGACUGGUGGUACCAUUGAGUCCGUUGCGGGCUUCGAGCCCAAGUUAAAGUUCAACGUCAACAGCGGCGCCGAUUUCCUUACGGUUGAUGCUGACAAGAAGCAUGGGCGUGUCAAUGUGAAAGGUGUAGCAACUGAUGAUGAGGGGCUCUCUAUCACCUUCAUCGCCGACGGUAUCGUCGAAUUGAAUGAUAUCACCACCGCCAUUGCGUUUGGAGCACCUGACGCCAAGCCCUCUCCCUUCGGUUUCGCGGUCGAAAUGUUUAAGUUUGAGACUGGGCACGCCAAGUACAAGUCUCUCGAAGGCAUGCUUUUUGUUGGAAGCCAGCGGUUCACACCGCCGAAGGGUGAAACGAUCGGUGUUGAGGUGCGCCUCGCUAGAGUCAUAUCAGGUACUGGGAUGGAGUAAACAUCUACACAGCUGGCUCAAAGUAGGUAUUUGAUCAUAUCCACGGUAUCGAAUGUAAAAUAAUCAACGUCAAU